AUGGCUAAAGAAGUUGAUGAGUAUUUCUCUCGAAUGGUUGAUCUCAUUCCACCAUCUAUUUGGGGUUUUGAUGCUGAUGCCAAUAAGAAAAUUCUUCUUUACAAAUGUAAUAAGGUUGAUUCCAAUCUUACAAAUAAAGAGAAAAGAAUGAUAAAUCAAAAGGACAAAAGUUGUUAUGCAAGAUGCUCGAGAGUUGUAACUGAUAAAAUUAGUGAUAUUUUUGAAAUUAUAAAAAUAAAAGAAGAGGGAAAACUUGUUCCUAAAAAGUUUGGCAAUUUAGAGGUUGCUAAGAAAAAAGAAGUAAAAAGUGACAAAGAAGUAAUAAAGAAACAAAAGCAAAGAAAAAAAUUAUCAGCUAAGGAAAAAUCUAAAUUAAAAAAAGAAAAAAAGGAGAAAGCUUUGAGAAAUGAAAAGAGAAAAGGUGAUGUUGCUGGAGAUGAAAAUGAACCUUCUCAGAAAAAAACUAAAUUAGAUGAAACUGAAGAUGUGGAGGUAAAGGAUGAAUCGAACAAAGAGAAGUUAAAGGCAAAAUUAAGUUUUUCAAAAAUUAAAGGUAUCACUGAUAACUCAGAUAAGAAGCUUACCAAAGCAGAGAAAAAAGAUCUAUUUAAAGGUCGUGAUUUCAAAGCACUUUUAAAAAAAGCAGAAAAGCGUGAAGAGAGAAUUUCUCAAAUUCGCGAGAAAAAUCCUGAUAAAGCUGAUAAAAUCGAAGAGAAUAUCAAGUGGAAAUCUGCUCUAAAACGAGCUGAAGGUGAGAAAAUCAAAGAUAAUCCAGAUUUAUUAAAAGCAGCUUCCAAAAGAAAAGAAGCUAUUAAAGAGGCAAGAUCUAAGAAAUGGGCUAUGAGAAAGAAAACUGUUGAAGAUGGCAAAGAAAAGAAACAAUCCAGAAGAGAAGAAAAUAUUAAUAAAAGAAGACAAGAAAAAGUUGAUAAAAAAAUUGCUAAGAGUAAAAAGAAAGGUCGUGUUAUUUUAUCAAAGAAAGCUUAA